UAAAAUAUGAUAUUAGGUCUUUCUAUCUUAUAAGAUUUAGGUUUUAUAUGGCUUGCGAUUAUGAGUUAAUGGAUUGACAUUUGGUUUGUAUUAACCUGGUUUUGGUGAUUAAUUAGUUUAUUAUUUUAACAAGAAGUGUUGGUAGGAUUUUCAUGAAUGACUGGAGGCUCUCAAAGGGGAAAUGAUGCUUACUAAGAUCUGUUGUUCAGUUUAUGCCUCUGUGUGAUUGUGAUGGAUUCAAAGGGGGUUCUCUUUUUGGUUUCUGAAGUCGCCAAGGUGUACUGAUUGUCCACUAUCUGUUGGUUUCAUGUCUACUACAUGUGAGUGCUAAUUUAUACUUUCUGGUUAUGAUGUAUCAAAUGAAGGAACAAUAGAAGAAGCAGUAGCAGCAGCUACAGAACUAGUUCGUGCUGAGACAAAUGCCAGGGGGAUUGAAAUGGAUACUUCUAGUAGUCGAGCUCUAGUUCGUGCUGAGACAAGUGCUGCUGUUGGGGGGUGCAAAUGGGGUCUACCAUAAAGGCUUCUCUAAUUUCUAUUGUUUGCAGAGGUAAGGAAGGUCAAGUUAUUAGUUUUUGGCGGUGCUAUUAAAGAGGGAAAUUCCAAAAUUGGAUCGGAAUUAAAGAGGGAAGAAUGAUUCCAUUACAAGAGCUGUUGUGUUUAGGUUUUCAAGACAAUCAAAGUAGAAUUAUACUCUAUUUCAUAUAUGUUUGUUUGUUUUACUCAGCUGUCUCUGUCUUGUUCCCUGCCUUGUUGCAGUUAUUGUGCUCAUUGUGGGUUUCUCUUUGUUCUCACACCCUCCAGCUUGUAAGUCUCGCGUUUAUGGUCUAGUUAAAGGGAUAUCUUGCUAUGUUUGGUUUGUCAGUUGUCUAACUACUCGUCUGACUCCUUUUACUUAUGUGUUAUGAGGUACUCCUUGGUUCACAAGUUCUGAACUAUGACCAGUUAUAACAUAAGUAGAUGACAGUAUCAAUAAUCUAGUGAUCAUAAGAACAGUUUUGCUUUAGUAAAAUGGUUAAGGUUUAAGAGAAGUUACGACUACUAUGCCUGAUACUAAGCUGAUGUCACUAUGUUGAAACUGAUCGAUGCAAACCAGGUGAAACAAUGGGAUAAUCAUUCCUUUACCCGCCUCUGUUUCUAUUACUAUAUGCCUGAAUUUUGAAGGCUAUUAACUAACUAGCCAAAUGAAGAAAAUGUGGUUGAAACAACUAAUGUGCUUUAACUUAACCCUUUAUUUGUUGGGGUUAAUUCCCUAAAUAUUGUUUUUAUUUUAUUUAUCACGUAUAUUGUGUUUUGAAAAGUAUUUACAACAAUAUUGUGUUUUGAUAGAGGAAAGUUGGCGACGGCGCCCGAUACUCAGCAAAUACAGUUUUUAAAGGUAAAGCCAGCGACGGCGCCCCAGUCUCAGGUUUUUGCGCUAUUUGAAAUUUUUGAAAUUUCAAAUAGCGCAAAAACCUGAGACUGGGGCGCCGUCGCUGGCUUCCUUUGUUUUUUUAAUUCCCCUCCUCGCCCUCUCGCAUAGACCCAAUCCUCCCUCCCUCCAUCCCGACCUCCUUCAUCCUCCUCCAUCCCGACCCCUCCUUCACCCAACCAGCGCCGACGCCGAGAACAGAGCGGCAGUGCCUCAAACCCAGGCGGCGGCGCGAGGAAGAGAGCGAAGGCGCCCCAGCAACAGCGGCGACGCGAAAGAAUGUCCGACGACGAGCAGCAUGCCCCCGGCGGCAGAGGAAGAGGCCGAGGACGGCGAGGGCGGCGUGGCGGCGGCAAACGCUACAGAAUUCCUAGGCUUAUCGAUCCUUGUUCGAUGAGACCACUACCUGCGACAAUUGAUACUGCUCCGAUGGAUCCCGAACUUCUUUGGGGGCAUGGUCACCAUCGGAUUGACUCAGUUUGGACAAAUGAGGCUGGUGAUCGACCAUUCCACAUUCGUCAUACUGGAAAUUUAGUUCGAUACAAUCCACUGUACCUGCUGUAUCUCGUUGAUGCCGGCCUGUCUAGUGUUCUGCCACUAGCCCCUCUUACCGAUGAUCCGGGUUUGAUUACUGCGCUCGUAGAGCGUUGGCGACCCGAGACAUCGACAUUUCACAUGCCGUUCGGUGAGGUGACGAUCACCCUAGAGGACGUUGCAACACUCACCGGAUUAGCGAUGGACGGUGAUGCCGUCGUAGUAGACAUACCCGACGAGGACUGGUCGGGUAUGUGUCUUCGACUGUUAGGACAGGCUCCUACUGAUCUUGGUGGUGGCGUCAUCCAGAUUUCUUGGCUUAGGGAGACUUUCGAUGAGCUGCCGCUUUCAGCAUCACUCCAGACGACAGAGCAGUUUGCAAGAGCGUAUGCGCUGUCUCUGAUGGGAGGUGUCUUGUUCUCCGAUCGGUUUGGAGGUUCAGUCCACCUGCAGAACCUACUUUUGGUGGAGGAUUGGCACAGAGCGGGGAGGUUUGCUUGGGGAGCAGCUGUGUUAUCCUACUUGUACCGUGAGAUGGGUAGAUCAGCGCUGCAGAUGACGGCAUCUUCUUCACUGGGUGGUGACUUUGGUGGAUGGUCCGCCUUGCUGAUGAUCUGGACGUGGGAGCGGUUUCCUCAUACAUCACCACUACAUGCGGUGACGGGUGAGCAGAUUACUCAGGACGCAGUGCCACGUGGCCUUCGGUGGCUUCCGGCCCACACCCGUCAGCAUGGAGAUCAGUUCUACUUGAACAAGUUGUGGUUUGACGAGUGCACGACAUUCGUGUGGCGUCCGUACUAUCAUAGAGGUCAGGACUACAUCGGUACUGUGAUCUAGUCCCACACGUUUCGAGCAGUAGUUCCGUUGAUCUGCUUCUCAUCACAGAUGUGGCAUCAUCCAGAUCGCGUACUCGGACAGUUUGUGAUGGUUCAGGAUCGGCCUCAUCCUCCACAUUCCGCGGCUGAGAUUAGAUUUUUUCUUCGUCAGGGACAGCAUGGGCCUUCACGUGGACAGUAGUUCAUACAGGCAGCCAGCGAGUCGAUUGAGUUGUGGGACCGUCGACAUGAGUUCGUAGCGCAGACGAGCUACACUGACGUAGAAUUAGCUUACCACUCGGAGCAUCAAGACUGGUAUAGAGAUGUCACUAGACGUUCAGGCACACGGAGAGUUGCUGCACUGAAUGAGCGGUGAGUUUUUUUAGUAAUUAAAAUUUGUGUUUUAAUUGUUUUUAGAUGUAUAGAAUUUCUGAUAUUUUCCAUUUAAAUUUGCAGUACGACUGCAUGGAGUCCGUUCAGCAGGGUUUACGUGAUGGGAUGAGAUCAGGAGAGCUAUCAUAUGACCAGAUGGCGGGUAUGUUGACCAGUUGGCGGCAGGGGUUACAGCUAUAGGUUUUAGUGGUCGCCAACAUCCUGAUACAGAGCCGAUACAGUGGUACCCGAUGAGCGCAGCUUAGCUAGCUGGCCAGAGCGUAGGACUCAGUCAUCGGCUUGGGGCGUACCGCCGCCACAGUUCACAGAGGAGCCCAGGAGGAGGAGACAGCGACGUGAGCAGCGUGACGUACCUCGAGGAGUGAGGUACUCAGAUCGUCAGCCCGUCAGACCUACAUCGACCUUCACAUUCCAGCCAGUCAGGCCUACUUUUACCGGAUUUCAGGCAGACACCAGUUCUUCUGGCCCUCAUUUUCAGCCACAGGAGGAUAGCUUUCACACACCGCAGCAUACUACGAUGGGAGGCGGGCACAUGGGAUCAGGUCGUACAGACCUGCCACAUUUGGACGUCGAUGAGUGGGAGCGUGUCGGUCUGCAGGUUCAGGAUCAGGACUUCCAGACAUCUCAUUGGGCAUAUGAGAAGCAGCGACGAGAGGGUGCACCGGAUGAGCAUGUUCAGUCUCAAGUAGAUGAUAUGUACGGCACACAGGAUCAGGAUGAUGGGGCGGAGAGAGAUGAGCAGUUGCCUCCGCGAGUCAGGAGGCCAGCGAGGUGUGGUACUGGCGGCCAUCUAGUGGCAGAGCACGGUGGUGGUCGUGGUGGUCGACGUGGUGGUCGUGGUGGUUGAGGACUAUUUAUUGUUAUGUAUUUAUGUACUUCCUUGAGACUAUUAUUAUGUUCUUUGUGACUAUGCAUUAUUAUUAUAUACUUCCUUGAGACUAUUUAUUGUUAUGUACU